UGCGUCUUGGUUUUCCCCAUCAUAGCGCCCCGACCCCGUUCUGCUCCCGGUCAUGGGGCAGAACAUGCGCUAUCGCCAGCGUCCUUCCUGACUCAGACCACGCCUCGUUCUCUGCCGUACUCGACCCAUUUAAAAGCUCUCUCCUUCUCUCCAUUUUCCGACGUAGCUCUCUUCGUCACCCACCGACCCGACUCGGAGCACGUCAUGCAGUCCUUCACCCGUCUCUUCGCACUCGUCUCUCUGGCCGCUUGCGUCAUUGCGCACGAAGACCAUGAUCAUGACACCCAGCUGCCGCUCGACUAUGUUCGCUUCCCCUACCAGGCCGCUUACCCCGGAGACAACGAAGUGACCGCUGACUCCAUCUUCUCUGGCAUUACUACGUUCGCCAGGCUCCCCUGGGUCCAGUGUCUGGGGAAAGACAAGGACGUCUCGUUUGACGUCGCAUUCCUCGGAGCGCCUUUCGAUACCGGCACAUCUUAUCGCCCUGGUGCACGUUUUGGCCCAGCGGGCAUCCGAGCCGGUUCGCGUCGCCUCACCCUGUACGGCGGCUACAACGUCCCCUUGGAGGUCAACCCCUUCCGGUCUGGCCUGAAGAUCGUCGACUGCGGUGAUAUCCCCGUCACGCCGUACGACAACAAGUUUGCCAUCAAGCAGAUCGAGGACGGCCACAAGGCCCUUCUGCACCGUCCGGCCUUCUCUCCGCUGGGUAACGACUCGCUCACCGGCCAGCCGCUGCAGCCCCUCUCUAUUGAUGGCAAGACUCAUCCCCGCAUCAUCACUCUGGGCGGUGAUCACACUAUCGUCCUUCCUCUCUUGCGUUCGAUCUACAGUGUCUACGGCGCUAUCUCAGUCAUCCACUUCGACAGCCACCUUGACACAUGGAAGCCUCAAGUCUUCGGCGGUGCCCCCUCCGACCAGGCCGCGAUCAAUCACGGCACCUACUUCUACUGGGCGAGCCAGGAGGGCCUGAUUAAGAACGGGUCAUCAAUUCAUGGUGCCAUCCGCACCACCCUCUCUGGCCCCGCGGACUAUCUCAACGACGAUGCUGCGGGUUUCCAGCGUAUCGAGGCGCGCGAAAUAGACACCCUUGGUGUCGCUGGCAUCGUGAAAAAGAUCCGCGAGACCGUGGGUGACCUACCUGUCUACCUGUCCAUCGAUAUUGACUCCAUUGACCCCGCAUUCGCGCCCGCCACGGGCACACCUGAGACGGGUGGGUGGUCGACACGCGAGUUGCGCGAGAUCCUGAGGGGUCUGGACGGCCUCCACAUUGUGUCUGCUGACAUCGUCGAAGUCGCGCCCGCGUAUGAUACGAACGCUGAGCUUACGACCAUGGCGGCUGCCGAUGUUCUCUACGAGGUUCUGAGCGUCAUGGCGAAGACGCCCCUAGGUAAGGUCUCGGCAUAAACUUGCCGGGAUAUGUCAAAUCUUUCGACGUUGUUCUUGCUCCACGACUUCGACGGAAGUGGCCAACUUCUUGCACUGUACCGCACCAUUUCUCCGAACGAUGUUCAACGAUUUCCGAAUAUGAUCAUGAUUUUCAUACUCGUA